CGAGCCCCAUUCAUAAGGGGUAAGAGUACCAGCAACACCCCCAUCGAGAGGCACUGGAAGGACGUUGGGGAAAAAUUCACGCAGAAGUACUCUCGGACCUUCGCUCACCUCGAAUGGAGCCACGAUCUCGAUGCAGACGAUCCCAUCGACAUCUUCUGUUUGCAUCAUUGCUUCCUCCCCCUUCUCAACCUCACCAUCUCCACGCAUAUCCUCGCUCACAAUCAGCACAAGAGCUCCACCAAAGGGGAGAAACAUUGGAGCCCGAACAAGAAGUGGCUCGAUGGCAACCUCAGGGCUCAGCAGCGAGGCAUGAAUCUCCAUCUGUUUCCGCAAGACUUUCAGCCGGGAGAC